AGUUGUUUAUGGAGCAACAAAGAUGGCGGCGUAUGGACCGAAACUUGGCCUUGGAUGAAAUGCACGGAUUUAAAAGGUCCAGUUACCCAGAUGUACUGUUUGUACUAUUAGGUCUUGGAAGCAAGGAAAACGAUUCUUUUGUACACUUUAUCAAUUAAAAGAAAAGCAUCAUGCCACCACAUAGAGGUGGGCCAGUUGACGCCAUGGACUCGGACAUGAGCUUCCCCCUUGACCGGUUGUUUGAUGAGUACAACCUGGACCACAUCCCCGAGGAUGAGCGUAUGAGUUUGUUCAAACACAGAGACUUGCCUCAUAUCAAGCAUUACAAGGCUGCUGUGAAGAUAUUUGGUGGCCCACUGAGCCGGAAGAGGGUAAUAGUUGCUCCUCCAAUGGAAACAAAGAUGAGACACCGACUUGGUUGUUAUUUAAACCAAAAACCAAAACCUGCCCCACUUUGUAUCAACACAAGUGUGAAGCCUCCAGAACCUUUGGUAGAUAAACCUGAAUAUGAUGCAGAAGAAAUACAGAAAGAAAUUGAAAAGGAUAAAGAAUUCCAAUACAAAAAAUGGAUUCAAGAAAGACAGAAGUUUCGAAAUAACAUAGAAAAUAUGGGCCUUAGUGAAGAUUGGUUGAGAAAUAAGCCAAAGAAAACUGCUUUGGAGAAGCGUGUUCUGCGGCGUAUGGAGCAGGAGAGGAUGCCCAAAGAAGUGGAGAUGCCCCCUCCUCCAGAGACCCCAAUCAGUGGGGAAAUAAAAAGUGUUCCAAGUGUCAAGGUUCCGUCUCCCUUGGGUAUCCGUAUAUUGGAUUUGUUUCUUAAACGGAACAAAAUGAGACUGAUAGAUUUGUUUACACAAACAGACAAGGACAAAAACUGGAAAUUGUCUCGAGAUGAGUUCAGGAAAUCUAUUCGACAAUCCAAAGUUCCAUUGUCUGAGCCCUUGCUGGAGGACCUCAUUUUAUGCCUGGAUGCAGAUUUUGAUGAGGAACUGGAUUAUAAGGAGUUGGCUCGAGGACUGGACAACUGGCAUAGAGAACGUCGUGAGAACAGGCGCAAGGAAUUAUCACGGGAAACAACAUCUCUAUCAUCUAAAGGAUCUGGUUCCCAUGCUGGUUCACCCCAGCCGGGAUUAGAAUCUGGUCCAGAUAGGGAAGUCUCUGACCUAACCAAAGUCACAGUAUUGUCUGGGCAUAAGUCUGCUAAGUCCAGUGCACGAUCUGCUCAAAAGUCUGCAAAGUCAGCUGGUCAGGGUUCAGUUGGAACUGACCAAUCCCGAGUAGAGGGUCAAACCACUACAGUAGAGGGUGAGAUGGAUGGAGGUAAGAAAAGGAUGGACUCCGGUAAGGAGAGCGCUCAGGGCAGUAGUCGUACUGUCCAUACUCUGAGUCGGAGUAGCACCCCUCAGUACCUACAUCCUCCAGAGAUUGACACGCGUCCAGAACAGAUGGUGCUCAAGUCUGACGAAGCUAUGGUGGAUUUACGAAAACGCGACAGGGAGGCCCUGAAGGGGUCCAGCCACACACACAAAAUGUCUCCGAAGAAGGUCCAGGAAGACACUACACCAGGUAUCAUCAAGGUUGGGGAUCGGGCCAUCGAUAACCACUGCAUGAAGUCAACACUACAGGGAGAAACUGCCUCUAUGAUUGACAAGUACAGACAGCUCAAGCUUAAGGAGUAUUAUGAGAUCACACGAAUGUGUAAAGUCCAGAACACUACUCUCAGUAAAAAUCUACUGGAGAGAGUGUUGUUACACCCUCCUGACCACCCUAGAGUGUCCAUAGAGCGACGUGUCAAGACUCCAGGUGCACCUCUUUUGUCCAGCCAUCAUGCAGACCCACCAAAGCGACCCCGCACACCAAUAGAGGUCAAGCACAAAGAUAAAGUUCGUAGAUCACGUAGUGGUAAGCUUCUAAUCGACAGUCGUCACAAGUAUCCCCAACGUUCAUCAGUGGCAGCCACUGGCACCAAGGAGAAUCUGUCCACAGGCAAAGCCGUCAUCAGGCGACGUGUCGACUGCUGGAUGACAUUUGAGGAGUAUGACAAACUCACAAGUGAUCCCUUGUUUCUGCACCGUUCUGUCACUUGGCCAUUAGAUACCAGCAGUUACAUGGUACAACGAAUCAAAAUGCAUUUUGGCCUGGUCACCUCUUGGACAAGGUACGGCUCUGCAUGCCGCCGUACAACGAGCCAGAGAUAGCGGACGGCGCACAUAGCCUCUUCUCCCAUGUCAAGGGAGAGCCUAGCGUUUACCCGGGACUACAGCGAGAGAACAGUGCGUGGCCGGUUAACGAUGGCGGGUAUAUACAAUCGGGCAUUCAUGACCCAUUUGCCCGCAAAUACACUUAUCUGUGAUAUUAGAUAAUAGUAUGUGAUAUAUAUCUACGUUUUAGAUUGCUUCCGGUUUUUGAUAUAUUUCGCAAUAAAUAUUACAAAUGAAAACGAAAUUGUGAAAGGAAGCUAUAUAUAUCAUCAGCUGGUAAUUGACGCUGUCAUCUGUGUUAAAAGAUCUCUAUUGAUUGUAAACAGAUACUGGUCUUCUGGCUAACCAAUGUAACGGUGACAUUUUGUUAAGUGCUGCUUCUUGGAUUAACUUUAAUGUUAGAAACAUACGGAUAACCGUAUUUGCUUUGUUAAUUUUGUUUUGACUAUAGUGUUGUAUGGCGUACUGGGUUCGAACACCAAGACUGUUACUAACAUACAAUGGUUACAGUAUGGUGUACUGGGUUCGUACACCCGGACUGUUACUAACAUACAAUGGUUACAGUAUGGUGUACUGGGUUCGUACACCUAGACUGCUACUAACAUACAAUGGUUACAGUAUGGUGUACUGGGUUCGUACACCUAGACUGUUACUAACAUACAAUGGUUACAGUAUGGUGUACUGGGUUCGUACACCUAGACUGUUACUAACAUACAAUGGUUACAGUAUGGUGUACUGGGUUCGUACACCUAGACUGUUACUAACAUACAAUGGUUACAGUAUGGUGUACUGGGUUCGUACACCCAGACUGUUACUAACAUACAAUGGUUACAGUAUGGUGUACUGGGUUCGUACACCUAGACUGUUACUAACAUACAAUGGUUACAGUAUGGUGUACUGGGUUCGUACACCUAGACUGCUACUAACAUACAAUUGUCACAGUAUGGUGUACUGGGUUCGUACACCUAGACUGUUACUAACAUACAAUGGUUACAGUAUGGUGUACUGGGUUCGUACAUCCAGACUGUUACUAACAUACAAUGGUUACAGUAUGGUGUACUGGGUUCGUACACCCAGACUGUUACUAACAUACAAUUGUUACAGUAUGGUGUACUGGGUUCGUACACCUAGACUGUUACUAACAUACAAUGGUUACAGUAUGGUGUACUGGGUUCGUACACCUAGACUGUUACUAACAUACAAUGGUUACAGUAUGGUGUACUGGGUUCGUACACCUAGACUGUUACUAACAUACAAUGGUUACAGUAUGGUGUACUGGGUUCGAACACCAAGACUGUUACUAACAUACAAUGGUUACAGUAUGGUGUACUGGGUUCGUACACCUAGACUGUUACUAACAUACAAUGGUUACAGUAUGGUGUACUGGGUUCGUACACCUAGACUGUUACUAACAUACAAUUGUUACAGUAUGGUGUACUGGGUUCGUACACCCAGACUGUUACUAACAUACAAUGGUUACAGUAUGGUGUACUGGGUUCGUACACCCAGACUGUUACUAACAUACAAUGGUUACAGUAUGGUGUACUGGGUUCGUACACCCAGACUGUUACUAACAUACAAUGGUUACAGUAUGGUGUACUGGGUUCGUACACCCGGACUGUUACUAACAUACAAUGGUUACACGUUUACUUUGUGUAUUUGUGGUGUGCUUCUUUGUAUUCUUUGUUCUUUGUAAAAAUCUGUAUUUUAAUUAAAUGACUGCCACAUCAACCUGA